AUGGGUAAUUCAAACACAAAAGAGUCUCGCCCCGAAGGCGAUUCUCGUCACUACUCAGGUCCCGGCGAUCCUUCAGUACGCGAGCAUUUACAAAACGCCAACUCGAGAUCGAACCGACGAAUGAGCAGAGCCGAGAUAAGCAUCUUUGGUAUCGGCCCCAGUUCCUCUCGCAAUCGUGAACAACAAGAUGCCCCUUUUGAGCGUCGCGAAACAAAGCAGGAGCGUGAGGCGAGGAGGUUAGAAAGGGAGCGCGUGGCUCGAGCGAAGGAACGGGAGAGGAGUAUGCGCGAAGAACAUGUCGAUGGUGGUUAUCUGGUUACAUUGGGCACCUACACUGGCACUGAGGACUUUAGCAAGCCUGUCGUGAGACAGCUACAGAUAGAGAGAAAGCUUGCGCCAUUCUGGCGAGGCCUCAAUGAUUGGUCUUCGAGCUGGGCCGAGCAUCAACUCGUCGCUGCUGCCCACAACCCAUCUUCUUCGAGCCAGAACCUCCAUAACUUGACUGUGCCUAUGGGACCUAGGACACUUUCUGCCGCAUCGGAUCGCAGUGCAUCAAACACAGGUUCCGCUCUCCCUUCACCGUCGACACCUGGAGCGAGCAAAUCGCCUUUCAAGCCUCGAGCCAAAGCUCUUGCUGCUGCACUCAGUGGAGGUUCUCGAAAUGCCUCGUCAACCGAUUUGACACCCAAGGAGAUCGCUCUCCCUCAUGAUCCCUUUGUUAAUGGUCAACCUAUGGAGGUUUUCCUUUACAAAGAUGCUGAGGAGUGCCCUAUCUGCUUCCUGACAUACCCCCCUUACUUGAACCGCACCAGAUGUUGUGACCAGAAUAUCUGCAGCGAAUGCUUUGUUCAGAUCAAGCGCGCUGAUCCUCACCUUCCUGAGCAUCACCCCAACGGUGAAGCUCGGGAUCCUAAUGAAGGUCUCAACCCGGACGAUCCGCCCGAGAUGCUUAUCUCGGAGCCUUCGGCAUGCCCCUACUGCCAACAGCCUGAAUUCGGCGUCACUUACGACCCUCCUCCCUUCCGCCGGGGUCUUACCUACUCGAGCAACCCAUCACAUGGCACCGCCAUGUCUUCACAGACUUCACUAAACAGCACACUACACACCCCACCCAUACCCGGCCGUCGACGCGCACAUAGUUUGUCUGCGAACGCGCCGAAUGUUAUCACCACCGAUCGCGUGCGUCCCGAUUGGGCGGCGAAACUUGCAUCAGCGAGGAACCACCAAGCUCGAAGAGCUGCAGCAGCAACUGCCCUUCAUACGGCUGCAUUUCUCAUGGGCGGAAACGAACAGAGAUCGAUUCUUCGCCCUGGUAGGUUUGGCCGAAGGAACACUGGAAACAACGAUUCAAAUGCUAGUCCCAGCCCCAGUGGACAGGGCCAAGCAGACAGUGCACAGGACGACGCAAGUGAGGGGCCGGAACCUGGAGCUAGAGGAUCUUCACGGAACGGUACAGGACGAAGGAGUCGCAUGGACGAACUUGAGGAGAUGAUGUUUAUGGAGGCUGUUCGUCUUUCUCUAGCUUCUGAAGAAGAGCGCAAACGUAAGGAGGAAAAGGCUAUUCGAAAGGAGACUAAGAGAAGAGAGAAGGAGGAGCGCAAGGCCGCCAAGAAGGGUGGACAUCCAUACAGUGGAAGUGCAAGUGGUGCGAGCGCUAGUAGCUUGUCACUCGGAGGAUUGGGUCGACGACGAGGCAACAGUACUGCCAGCAAUCUCCGUGUAGAAGCCACCAUGUCUAGGGCAUCACAAGCUUCGAGCACCCCGGAUUCGCCAGCAGAACCGAAAGCUAAGGACGACGGCCCUGCUGGAAAAGGCAAGGGAGUGGAUCGUGGCACGUCUGACAACCAGGCCGGACCAACUUCAUCAUCGAGUUCUCUACCGUUACCGGCUGGCCCUUCGCGUGGAGGAUCACAUCUUAGGCAGAUGAGCAAUGCUUCCUCAGUUGGGUCUUCCGUCAACGAUAGCCCCGUUGGCACAUACACAGGGCCUGACUACCUGGGCGCCGAUGGAGGUCCUCGGUCUAGUGGGCUGAGCCUUGGUGCUUACAGUGACGACGGAGAACGCGAUGGUGGAAGCGCCGGAUCUGAGCCUAUGUUUAACUUUAGUAGCCUCGCCCAGAUGGUCGGCGCUGAUCUCGAAAAUGGCCAAAUGCAUCGCGACGACGAGGGAGAGUCUCACGAUACACAUGGUCGACCACUCUCACAAGUGAAAGAGGACGAGAAGGAAGACGCAGAGGCAGAGCAUGUUGAGGGCGUAACAACUGCUAAGACAGAAGUCGUCCCCAGUUCUCUGGCUGCACCGGCUGUUAUGAUCACACCAGAAACUCCCGCUCCUGUGGACGAAGCAGAACACGAGGCUAAGCAACUCGGACAUUCUCAAUUUACAACGGUGACAGGCCGACCUGCUACAGAACAGAGAUACGUUUGA